AUGAAUGAGGCCUACGCUAAUAGUUUUUGGAGACAUCCGGAGAUUGGUUUUUCUUUCUCUAACUCGGAGGGACGGUCGGGCGGUUUGAUUACAUUUUGGAAGAAAAGCAAUAUGGAAGUUCUCUUUAGUUUUAAGGGGGAAGGUUUCUUGGGGUUAAAAGUUUGUUGGAAGGAGGACCUUUAUGACGUUGUGAAUGUUUAUUCUUCUUGUGAUUUGUCUAAGAAGAAGGCGUCGUGGGAUAAAUUAUUAGAUUUGAUGAAAAUUUACUUCGAUGGGGAAUGGAUUAUUGGUGGUGAUUUUAAUGCUAUCAAGAAUAAUAGAGAAAGAAAAGGGAGAGCGGUAGGGAGUUACAAGAAGGAGACGGAGCUUUUUGCGGACUUCAUUCUCAAGAGUGAUUUGGUUGACACUCCGUGCAAAGGGAAGAAAUUCUCGUGGUAUAGUGGAGAUGGUAAAUCUAUGAGUAGGAUUGAUCGCUUCUUGUUAUCCAACGUGGUGGUGAAUCGGUGGGAAGUUAUUGGUCAAAUGAUUGGCGAUAGAGAUAUCUCGGAUCAUUGUCCUAUUUGGGUUAUGACGGAUAAAUAUAAUUGGGGACCGAAACCGUUCCAGUUCAAUAAUGAAUGGUUUUCUUUUGAUGCUUUUAUCCCGUUUGUGGAAGGGGAGUGGAAGUCUUUGAAGGUGGAAGGAAGAGCCGAUUUUAUCUUGAAAGAAAAGCUUAGGCUUUUAAAAGACAAGCUCAAGAAGUGGAAUAAAGAGGUAUUCGGAAAGAUUGAUUUGGAAAUAGACAAAGGUGUCUCCGAUAUCAAUAAAGGGGAUGAAAGGUUAGUGUCUUUACCUUAUGUUAGUUCUUCUUUUACCUUGGAAGAGAAUGUGGAGGCUAGAAAAGAGGCGAGUAGUUGUUUUUGGAGGAACUUGAGGAUUAAAGAGAACAUGCUUCUCUAA